AAUCGCUAUUGGGCUUCUUCGUUGAAUCUUACUCCAUCAUGCGUAUCCAACUUUCGCUGGUGGCAGCUCUCUGCUGUGCUUUUCCCGCUGUCUUUGCCCAUGUCGACGGCAAUAGCCACUCUCACGAGCGCUCUACUUCGUUGAAGGUUUCAAAGGACGGGCGAUGUGGUGGAUAUACUGGACAGACGUGUGACGGAUCCACUUUCGGAAACUGCUGUAACAAGGACGGGUGGUGCGGGAAGAGUGCCACAUGCUGUGGGACUGGAUGUCAAACAAAAUUUGGGACAUGCAAGAGUGAGAUCUCGACGGAUGGGAAGUGUGGAAAGAAUGGGAAGAGUUGUUUGGGAAGCAAGUUUGGUGACUGCUGUAAUAAGGAUGGCUACUGGUAUGCUGAAGGGUGACUUCAGAGGCGACGAGCGGAAUACUGACGGACGCAUAGUGGUAAGUCGACUACGUGCUGUGGAAAAGGAUGCCAGCCUGACUUUGGGAAAUGCGCGUCCUCGACUUCCUCCACAAAGAAGACAUCCUCGUCGACAAAAUCCUCAACCAAAUCUACGCCGCAUUCGUCUUCCUCAUCUUCCUCCUCGGUCGCGUCGUACUCGACGCCCAAGAAAUCCUCGACCUCCCUAAAGGCAUACUCUACGCCUGGCAAAUCUUCCUCCUCGUUGAUCAAAUCAUCCUCGUCGAGUCACCGGGCCACCUAUUCCGGUUCUUCGCCAUCGGUCUCGACAAAGACUUCAUUGUCGUCUUCUUACCUGACCUCGCUAGCAGCUCUUCGUCUUCAGUAACUGGCAGCUCUUCGUCUUCAGUAACUGGCAGCUCCUCUUCCUCGGUUUCGAGCUCAAGUAGCGAUAGCUCCUCCGUCAGUAUUUCCUUCUCCGUCGCGACCAUAGUUACCCUCGACGUUGGAACGACGAGCAGCAGCGGCCCGGGUUCUCCCAGCAGCACCUCCGAAUCUGCUUCUCCCUCAUCAAGCGCUGCCACUCCCACCGCCACGCCACCCGCAUGCCCUAAGCCCAAUGGUUCAUGCGUUAUAACUGAAGACACCCACUGGCUUAUCGCUUGCGGUGUUACGUAUUAUGGAGCCGAUGACCGGGACAGCCCGCAGGAGCUUGACAGUCUCGAUGACUGUAUCGCCGCGUGUUACGAUAUUCCCGCGUGUAUGGCGGUUUCGUGGGUGCCAGGAACGAAUGGAGGACCUGCCUUCUGCUAUCUCAAGACUUCGGUUACCGAGGAGGUUACUAACGACUGGGUCUUUGGAGCAAAGGAGGUCGAUGCGGACGAAUGUCCUGCAACUGAUAGCAGUGCUUCGGCUUCGGGUGCUGCCUCUACUAUUUACUCCAGCACGGAUGCUGGAGCCUCGGAGACUGCCUCGCCAACUACUACUACAUUUGACGAAGCGGCUUUCCUUGCAACAUACACGUACUACGAGGUCCCCCUUCCAACUUUUGACACCAUGAUCGAUAUCGAGCAAGUUGCCCCGGCCCCUACGCAGAUCUGCUUUGCCGACCCAACAGAUAGCUCAAUGCAGUUUGAAGUACUUGAUACCCGCGGUUAUCCAAUCACUGAUAAUGCAGGUCAACUUGGUCUUCCAGCGGACCCACCCACAAAUACGACCGUUUAUCCGUUUUAUCACUUCGAGACUCCGGACAAUGCGCCCGCCGGAUUCCAGGAUCUUGUCUAUGAAGGGCCUGAUGGCAACAAGUACGCCGCACGUAAAGAUGACGGCUCCGUAGUCCUCGUCGAUGCCAGCACAAAUGGCGAAAAUGUAGACGGCUACGAAACCACUGUUUUUACCAUCGAGUGCGAUGGCCGUAUGGCAAUGGGCACCCCAUCUGCCCACUAUGUAUGGGCACUGGACGGCGAUUUCACCAAAGCCCCCGUCGGUACCGGGCAUUCUAAGAUCAUUCUCCUUCCUCGAGCGGCUUCUAUCCAGAUCAACCCGAAGAGCAUCAGGAAGAGUGUCACCAGCGACACAAAGGCUAGGCGAAGCAGGAACAAGCAGAACACCAAGCGCAGCGACUACAACGGGGGCCAAUCCCCGCGCUGCCCUGCCAACCCCCCUGAACUCGUCGCCAAGGCUCUCACAAAAGAGCAAGGCGGCCGCGACCCCCAAUCCAACGGCUGCGGCCCCGCUGGUAUUGGCGGCUACCUCGUCCCCGACUACAAAUUUACCCCCUGCUGCGACAACCACGAUCUCUGCUAUGACAACUGCGAAAACGGCCGCAAAGAAAACUGCGACCACAACUUCGGCUCCUGCAUGCACAGCGUGUGCGACAAGAUCCCGUGGUGGCAGCCGCUCGACCAGUACGCGUGCCCACGCAUCGCCGACUUCUAUGAAUGGUUCGUCGAAACCUGGGGCAACAGCGCCUUCAGCGAGGCGAACAAGGAGCGCUGCGGCUGCUUCUGCCCACACCGCUACGACAACUCGCUGCCGGCCGACGACAGCUUCAACUGCGGCGGCUGCGGCAACCAGUGCCCGGACAAGACGCACUGCAAGGCGUCGAAGUGCGUGUGCAACCAGGACACGUGCGGCGGCAGCUGCGUCGACGUGCAAUCGCACCCGAAGAACUGCGGCAGCUGCGGGAACGUGUGUAGCUCCGGGAUUUGUAAAGACGGGGCGUGCUACACGCCCACAGCGGUCGCGAUCACGAACAAGUGCCCCGCGGACAAGGCGUGGCUGAACAUGGGCCGCGUGUUCUACUACUCCAAGUACGGCUACGGCAACACGCUGGGCGAUGUGCGGGACCAGCGGGGGGACUCGGACGCGCUGUACUACGGCGACCCGGAGCGGUUCGCGCUCACCAACCACGGGCUGGGGUUCUCGAAGGGCGAUUGCUGCGAUACGUGCUACUCGAUGGACGACUGUAUCUUGUUCUACCUGCAGACGCAGUAUGACGAGGUGUAUUGCUGGACGGUGAAUCAGGAGCGGAGGGAUACGCUGUUCACGGCGCUCGAGUUUAGCCCGCCGAAGGCGCAGUGCCAUUAUGGCGGGUUCGAGCUCGAGCCGGCGAGCGGUGGGGGGCUGGAUAAUGGGUGGAGUGAGAGUGAGGUUGAGUUUGGGCCGUGUGUGAAUGGGAAUGAUCCGACUGGGGAUUGGUCGAAUCAUUUGUAUGGGAGUUAGAUGGUUGGAAGGGGUCUGAAAGGGGAGGGGGGAGGGUGGUUCAGUGGGAACUUUGUAUAUAUUGUGGU